AUGCGCGUUCUGGGCCUCUUCGCUGGCCUUGCAUCGGCGGCAGCCGUGUCGCCGAGUGUUUGUGGCAGCCACCCAGAGACAGUGCCGGACUGUGACAAGCCAGACAAGGGCUCUUGCGGCAAUGCAUGCUGCGUGGCAGAGCUCGACCUUUCCAUGGAUCCAGCAAAGGCUUACGCACAGACCCUCGAUGUAUUGAAGGGCUUGCAGGACGACGGCUUCAGCUACGUUACGGGUGGCGACCCCAAUCCAGGGGAUGACCUCCGCCCCUACAACGUCUCCAAGCCGAAGCCCUUCAAAUUUAUCUUCCAGGGCCGGCAUGACGCUCCCAAGUACAAGGGUCCAAACGCCGACAUCUUGGACUUUGCGAUCUACGAAUCCGGCUCAGGUUCCGUUCUGCGGAUGUCUUCGCUAAGCCGCAUCCACGGAGCUUUGGGCGACGCAGGCCAGAAUUUCAAGACGCUGGCUUUCCUUGCCGAGAAGCUCGGGUCCAGCAAGCCCACUCCAGUGCAUGGUUGUGGACUUCCGGUGGCAUCUUCCCCGUCAUCCAUGCAGCGUGGGGGUUUCUUCGAUGUCGCUACGCAAACUUCCCCAAGUGUGUGUGGACCCUCUCCUUCGAAGGUGCCAGAUUGCGACAAGCCAGACAUGGGUUCUUGCGGCAAUGCAUGCUGCCUUGCCGAGCUCGACCUUGCCAUGGAUCCGGCGAAGGUUUACGCACAGACCCUCGAUGCAUUGAAGAGCUUGCAGGACGACGGCUUCAACUACGUUACGGGUGGCGACCCCAAUCCAGGGGAUGACCUUCGCCCUUACAACAUUACGGAGCCGAAGCCAUUCAAGUUUAUCUUCCAGGGCAGGCAUGACGCUCCCAAGUACAAGGGUCCAAACGCCGACAUCUUGGACUUUGCGAUCUACGAAUCCGGCUCAGGUUCCGUUCUGAGGAUGUUUUCGCUAAGCCGCAUCCAUGGUGCUCUGGGCGACGCAGGCCAGAACUACAAGACGCUGUCCUUCUUGGCCCAGAAGCUGGUGGCAUCGCAGAAGAUUGUCCCGAAAUACGGCUGCGGCUUGACGACGAAUGCGCAUGUGGAAAUCUUGUUGUGA